AACAGUUAUCUCAGAUUCUCGGUUAUCCCAUGGAGGGUUUCACGCACAACGCAUCCUCCCAGUCUCCCACUAUUUCAAGCACAUCACUUUCUAGAAACUGUUUGUGUAUAAUUUGAAGAAGAGGGAGGGGGCUGAGCAUUAAUCUGAUUGAAACGAGAAGACUAUAAAAUUUGAUUGAAGAAGAGGGAGGCGGAAUCACGAUCUCACCACGUCAAAGGAGUAUAUUCCUAAUUGUUUCCGUUUUUGUUCCUCCUACACGCUCUCUGCUUGCAACUCGCCGGAAUCCAUGGCAGGGGGCUAGAAUUUGAAACCCUAACCCCGACAUCAACGAUCUCUCCUCUCCGACCGUCUGCUUUCCAAUUCUACUUCCAUUCGCCCGUACAAGAAGAGACGAAGGACGAAGGUGCUCAUCAUCUUACGCCGCGUUUACCCAGCGACAAAUAUGCAUAUGCAAAUUUCAACAUCUAUUUGUUCAAUUUUUGGACCACAAUGCUGAAAUUGAGCUAGAGAGAGCCAAAUUGGGAGAGAUUUUCUUCCAGGACAAUACUCUCCACUAAUUUGAACUUGCGUCAUCUCCUCCAAUGUUGCUUUUUGUGAAGCUUUAGCAAAUAGCAAGUCUGCAAAUGUAAGCAUUACAGAAACCAAAUCCAAUCGCCUGCCUCAAUGUGGUGUCAUUGCACUCUCCUUUGAUCCUCAAUAGCGACACCAUUUAGGUUACUCAGUUGUCUCCUUCAGUGUUUGCCUAUCAUUCUGGAUUCAACAGUGGGUUCAAUUGUGCCGAGGCUGUAAAUGUUGCCCCUGUGGAUUGGUUAGAUCAAGGGCAAACAACAGUUGAGCUCUACAGUAAACAAUAUCGCAGAACUUCACUGUUGCAUGAUAAGUUGCUUUUGGGUGCCGCAAGAAAAGCUGUCAGGGCACUAUCGGAGCUUUUUUUCUUGAGGAAGAAAACCCAAAAAACUUGAGAUGGAAGAGUGUUUGUGGGCGGAGUGGAAUACUAGCAGAAGCAAUCAAGGGGAAGUGUGCUAAAGUAUCAGCUUUGGGGAAUUUUCAGCAGCCACUUAGAGCUCUAUUGCUAUUGGUCAAGUAUCCAGUAGGGGCAACGUAUCUGGUGAAUCAUUCUUGGUGGAUACUAAAAAAUUUGUAUCUGAAUGGGAUAGUUAUCGAGAUGAGCAGCAUUUUGGGGCCUUUCUUUCAUAGAGCUUAUCAAGAAAGCAAAUUGAUAUGGCUUUGAUGUUGGCAUUGGGAAUCAUCAGCUUUCCCAUCUCCAUCUUAUAAACUCCGUGUAUGGGUAUGGAGAAUUGGUUUAGAGAAUCGCGUUAAGUAAUUAAAGAAUCUGCGUGCAAGGAAGCCAGGGGAUGCCGACUAAAUGGCCUCUCACUUGCUUCAUGGGCACCAAAGCCCCUCGGGUCCUAUUUCCUAUUGGAAGAAAAUACUUGGCCACACGCCUGAACUACUCAAAAGAGUGUGGAUGGUCUAUCCAUGAAAGACAGGAGAAGUGCAAGGGCUAUAUGAUUGAAUAUCAUCCCAAACAACUGGAGCAAACAAGCUAUCUUACAAGUCAAUUGAAUGUUUGCAAGGGUUUAAAGUAAUGCAUAAUUAGUGAGAUGGUGGCUGAAUUGAUUUUGGUGCUACUUUUCAAACAUGAUUACCUUAGCUAAAGAAUGUAAGUAUUAUUUAAGAAAAUGUAGUUUUGUAC